UUGAUUUUAAUGCACUUAGCAGCAAUUUAUAUUUUAUUCAUCAAGGAGUCGUGCAGCCACGCCUCUGCUGCUACAGAUGUUCUCCUAAUUCACUGCUGGAGUAAUGGAUGGAGAGACCAGAGAGUUUGUACCUGCCAAGAGCUGGAGACUGCUGCUUGCUGCAAGCACAGGCGUGGGAAACCAGAGACAAUGUUCUCCUCUUCGUCCAGAAACUCUCUGUUCUCGCCCUGGUCGUCCAUGGAGCAGUCGGACUCUGAAGCGUUAGACAUCAGCACCAAAGUGCAGCUGCAUGGGGUCCUGUGGAAAAGGCCCUUCGGACGGCCAUCGGCCAAGUGGUCCCGCAGAUUCUUCAUCAUUAAAGACAGCUUCUUGCUCUACUAUGCAGAGAGCGAGAAGAGAAACUUUGAGACCAACAAGUACUUCAACAUCCACCCCAAGGGAGUCAUUCCUCUGGGAGGAUGUGUGGUGUCAGCUAAUGAAAACAUGGGCAUGCCCUUUGCUGUUGUGGUCAACCUGGAAGACUUUACUGGUACCAUAGUCCUGGCUGCUGAGUGUGAGGAGGAGCAGGUCCAGUGGAUGGAGAUGCUCCAGGAGUCAGGGAAAGUCACCUGGAAGAACGCCCAGCUGGGUGGGGCCAUGAUUGAGAGUCUGGAGGCUCAGGGGCUGCAGCUGGCCAAGGAGAAGCAGGAGUAUCUGGAUAAGCUGAUGGAAGAGACUGAGGAGCUGAGUCAUCAGAGAGCACAGAGAGAGGAGCUGGAGCGUCUGAACCAGGUUCUGGAGGAGGAGAAAAUGAAGUUUGAGGAGGUGGUGCUGGAGCUGAAGGCAGAGCAGGAGCAUAUCAAACUAGACCUGGACGGUACAGCUCAGUCCCUGAAAGGUGUUGAGAGUGAAAAAGAAGAGCUCAGCAGUUUAACCAUCAUGCUGCAGAAAUCCAUUGAGGAGCUCUCUCAGGAGAAACGGCGAACUCUAGAGCUGCUGGGGGUGAAGGAACCGGACAUGGAGGAGGUGAAGACUGCAGAGGACAGCUCAGACUGCAGGAAGUCUGAGGAUGGGGGGGAUCCCGGAGACAUGGACCUGCUGCAGGACCUGCGGCACAUCGAGGAGCAAAUGAAGAUCCUGCUGAAGGAGAAGGAGCAGGCGGAUGACAAGCUCAGGGAGAAAGAGCAGCGGGCUAAAGUCUUGCAGCAGGAGAGAGAGUACUACUCGUCUCAGGCUAGGACGCUGCAGCAGUCGCUCACUCAGCUCACCGUGGACAAGCAGCAGACCGAGGCCGAGCUUAAGGCAGAGAUAGAGUCCCGGAUGGAGCUGGAGAAGAGACUGAAGCAGGCUGAAGAGGCUCUGCAGGACCUGGAGAAAGGCCUGGAGUCACUGGACCGGACCAAAGAGAGAGACGAGAAGAUGAAGGGGGAUGUGACACAGCUGAGGCGAUUUUUUGAGGAGUGUAUCUGUGCAGCAGAGAUCGAGGCGAAGCUUCCAGCGAUCAUGAAGAAUGCUGUGUAUCUGCACAAAGCUGCUGCACGCAGAAUCAAGAGCUGCCGAAUCCAAAGGAGAGUGUCCAGACGCCACUGGUUAAAACAAUCCAAGUCUUUUGCUGUGCCCAAUGCUGACGACAGCAACAUGGAGGAGCUGCGAGAAACGGCCCGGCGACUGACCUCCGACAGCAGCUUCAGAGAGAGCGUGUACAAGAUCAUGGCCCGCAAGGACUCUGCAAACAAAACAGAGGACUGAGAGGAGAGAGAGCGAAGUAAAAGAGGAGAAAUGGUCCUUAGCUUUACCUCAGUCCACACACCGAGUGAUGUAGAGAUCCUGAUCCCAAACCCACCAUUAAAAUACUUUAGACAACUGUACACAGAAAUCAGUUUGGUGGCUUCUCUGGUUGCAAACUGUACUGAGAGCAGUAAGAAUUCAGUUUAACACACAAAUCAACAGUGCUAUAUUAUUAUAUAUAAUAGGUUUAUAUAUAACAGCACUUGUUCUCAGCCCCCUCAUGGAUAUACUGGUUUAUAGCCCUUUUUGACCAAACAGUUCCAGGACCCACGAGAACAAAAUCCAGGAACUGAAAGACCCUUUUUCACAUUGCUAUUUGUGUGUUCAUCAAAUCAGGGCAAUUAAGGAUUAAAAAACUAUACAAUGAUUGAAACACAGUAUUCAUUUUCUCUUUCUAUUUACUGUUGCGAGAUGUUCAAGUUGGAUGUUAAGAAAUAAACGAAAAGGAGAUGAAAAAUUUAACUUUGGAGAGAGGGGCUCCAAAAGAGUUUUAUGGCAACAAAACUUCUGGCCCUUUUCUACCAAAAUGUUCCUAAUGUGAUUUUAGCAUCAGAUUCGGCAGAGAGAUUCAGCAACAGAGUGAUCCUGCUGUUCUUUGUAUUUACUGUAAAGAAUAAAUGAAAAGGAGAUAUGCAGAGGUAGAAAAGGAGACAGAAACACUGACCCCCUGUCUUCAAAACAGACAAUCUGUUUGUUUGACUGGUAUAUAACUCUGAUUUGAUAACUAAACAGCCAGUUGACAUUUUAUUUUCUCGUUUAACUAAUCAGGUAAUGAACAACAACACAGCCUCACACAUAUUUUAAAAGUAAAUAUACACCUCUUGUCCCAAUAUUGAUACUAGAAUCCAAUAAUCCUUUAUUUUGGGAAUAAAGCAAGUUGUACACAAGUUGAUGGUCCACUCUGCAAAUUGAACCAUCAGAAAGUACUACUCUAGUUCCUGGAACUGUUUGGCUAAAUCGAAUCUAAUCACACUUUUCUACCAAAGAAUACUUAAGUGAAAACUACAUGUAUGUUAGGAACAACUGUUCUCUCAGUAAGGUGUACUAUGUUGUAGUGUCCUAAUCAAAUAUAUUAUUUUGACAAAAAAACUGACCAUUUGGGACUCUAGACUUCACCUCAUAAGUUGCCGUCAUGUUACUUGACAUUAAGAAACACUAACAUCAUUGAUUGAUCAGUCGGCAGUGUGUGACUGUAGCCUUGUACCUUGAGUUUCUAGUGUUUUCACCAUUCUCAAAAACAAAUACGACUAUAAUAGAUUUGAGGUACCAGAUAGCACAGACUAUACAAAUUCGUCUUGUAAAAUGUUUGUUUUUAUUAUUCUGGUUUUGAUUGUAUGCACAGAUUGUGUCCUUUACUUUAACAGAGGUUCUAUGAAAACAAUGAUGGAAACACGUGUCUGAUAUUGAAACUUGACCAUUUUGUUAUUGCUACAUAUAAAAAUCUGUCCUUGACCAAGCAAAUCAUUGUAAAUCACUGACGCAAGCAUUUUAUGAUAAUGUACAAAUGAUAACUUAACCGGAAAUGAUAGGAAAAAAGAAGCCCACAUGUCAGGUAAGGGGGAACAUAUUAUGGACUG